GCUGUGGCUUGACUGCAAGACGUCCCAGAGGAUCCAGUCGAUGCACCAAUACAAAAAUACCUUUCGAGGGGACGUAAACAUUAUAUCACAACAAUAACGAAUGAAGGAAAGAGAUACCAAUAACUGGGUGCCAAGAAGACAGCUGCUCCUCUUUUCCAAAAGUAGGAGGCGCACAACGUCUUUGGGACAACUGCUGUUGCAUGCAGUCAUCUGCAGAGGUUACUGUAUGAAGCUUUUAAGGCCUUUUUGAAUGAUCGGCCACUCGAUGGGGAUUCACCGAGGAGCUCUCACCUGUGUCGCCUCCUGCCCUCCGGCCCGCCGCCUGCCCUCCCUCUUCUGCACCUCCUCCACACACAUCAUGAAACUGGUAUUAACUGAAUGGCAAUUGAUAUGGAUUUUUACUGAUUCCAGUAGACAGUGAAGCAACAAAAACACAAAAAGGGAGGAAAAGCCAUAUCUCAUUUUCACACGUCCUUCCUUUACACCAAAUAAACCUGCCUGUGGGGUGCUGUUCUAGGCUGCCUGCACAGGCCCUCCCUGAAAACAACACCUCUCUGGAAAACACGAGGAAUGUAUUGUACGCUUUGAGAGAUUCUUCCUCCUACCUGAUUACCUCGUUUGAGGACAUCGACGGCAGAGGGAGCUAUACUUUGAGGACCAGCUCACAUCAGGCGCCACCAAGCCACCGGUGUAUGCAUACAGAUCCCUUUUAAUUUUUAAAAUAUAUAUAUAUUGUUUUUCUCUGGAGCCUGAAGCGCUGUGCGUUUGGCUGUGUGCAUGCCGAAGAAGAAGAAAAUGGCUCCCCAGAACUCUGAGGCGGAUGCUAUGCAAGUGCAGGGGGUGAUGGUGGUCCCUACUGCUAAGAAAACCACCACAGGCUCUGCUGCCACAGGGGAUAGAGGAGGAGGAGGAGGUGGAGGAGGUGUGGUGCUGGAGUCAUGCCAGGAGGAGUCGGUGAGUGAGGGGUCUAUAGACCGGAUCCCCCUGCAGCAGUGGGUGAUGCAUGGAGCCGUCAUGUUCGGACGAGAGUUCUGCUACGCCAUGGAAACGGCCUUGGUUACGCCUGUACUGCUGCAAAUAGGUCUUCCAGAACAGUAUUACAGUCUGACGUGGUUCUUGAGCCCCAUCCUGGGUCUGAUCUUCACACCUCUGAUUGGCUCAGCCAGCGAUCGCUGCACCCUGAAAUGGGGCCGGCGACGUCCUUUCAUCCUGGCCCUGUGUGUGGGGGUGUUGUUUGGAGUAGCACUCUUCCUCAACGGGUCACUCAUAGGACUUGCCGUCGGCGACGUGCCAAAUAACCAGCCCAUAGGGAUCGUUCUGACGGUGCUCGGUGUAGUAGUGCUGGACUUCAGUGCAGACGCAACGGAGGGUCCCAUAAGGGCCUACCUACUAGAUGUAGCAGACACUGAAGAACAAGACAUGGCCCUCAACAUCCACGCCUUCUCCUCUGGUUGUGGGGGAGCGGUGGGCUACGCGCUAGGCGGUCUGGACUGGACCCACACAUUCCUGGGCUCAAUCUUCAAGUCCCAGGAGCAGAUCCUCUUCUUCUUCGCCGCCAUCUUGUUCACUAUCUCUGUGGCGCUGCAUCUGUUCAGCAUCGAAGAGCAGCGGUACAGCCCCCAGCAGGACCGGCUGGACGAGGAGGCCGCUUCUUCCACGGCCCACAAGGUCAACUGCUCCCUGGGGAAGCUUCAUGGCCACAACACCCCCCACAUGGAGCUCAUCGGAGAGGACGACAUCUACGACCCUUGUGAUCGUUACGACCGUUAUGAGUUCUACAGGGAUGGUGAUGGGGAAGAGGAUGGGCGCUCAUUGCGCGACAUGGACAUGGACUUCCUGGAUGUGGAGAUGGUGAGGUCCAAGUCGGACUCAGUGCUGCAAAUGGCCGACGCCACACUGGAUCACCUGGACCACGACGCUCUGUCCCUGCUUCACAUCGAGCCCUCCAUCUUCGCUGAUCGCCUGUCGUCCUACCAUGGCUCUCCACCACGCCGCAGCAGCAGCACAGGCAGCCAGGACCUCCUCAAAACCUCCAAAAAGAUCUGCCGGRUGUCCCAGUUCCUGCAGGAGCAGGACCGCGACGGGGAAGAGGCGCUUCUCAACAACCAGCUCAACGAGCAGAAGACGCCAAACGGCCGGGCGCAUGCCAACGGCUUGGGCCAGGGCGCCAACGGGCAUGCCCACAUGGUCAUGAAGAACCCGGCCAGCACAAACGCUUCCAUGCGGCACCGCCGACACAUCUUCUACCGCCAGCCGUCCUGCACUUUCUCCUACUACGGCCGCGUGGGCUCCCACCGCUACCGCUACCGGCGAGCCAACGCCGCGCUACUCAUCAAGCCCUCGCGCAGCUUGAACGACAUCUACGAGGUGCAGCGGAGACAGAAGAGGAAACAGCAGAACCCCAGAGCGCGCCACCAGUCGGGCAACACCAACUCCAGUGGGGACACAGAGAGUGAGGAGGGGGAGACGGAGACCACGGUCAGGCUGCUGUGGCUGUCCAUGCUGAAGAUGCCUCCAGAGCUGAUGAGGCUCUGUGUCUGUCAUCUCCUCACCUGGUUCUCCAUCAUCGCUGAGGCCGUCUUCUACACUGACUUCAUGGGCCAGGUCAUCUACCACGGCGACCCCACGGCUCCCGCUAACUCCACGGAACUGCAGAACUACCACAAAGGAGUUCAGAUGGGCUGCUGGGGGCUGGUCAUCUAUGCCUUGACCGCUGCCUCCUGCUCAGCCUUACUGCAGAAGUACCUGGACAACUUUGACCUGAGCAUCAAGGUUAUCUACGUCCUGGGUACGCUGGGCUUCUCCAUCGGUACGGCCGUCAUGGCCAUCUUCCCCAACGUCUACGUCUCCAUGGUGAUGAUCAGCAGCAUGGGCAUCAUCUCCAUGAGCAUCUCCUACUGCCCUUAUGCCCUCCUGGGACAAUACCAUGAAAUGAAAGAGUACAUCCACCACAGCCCAGGGAACUCCAAGCGUGGCUUCGGCAUCGACUGUGCCAUCCUGUCAUGCCAGGUGUACAUCUCCCAGAUCCUGGUGGCAUCGGCGCUGGGCGCUGCAGUGGACGCCACGGGUAGUGUGCGGGUCAUCCCUAUGGUGGCGUCCGGUGGCUCCUUCCUGGGUUUCCUCACCGCCUGGUUCCUGGUCAUCUACCCGAGCCACGGCGAUGCGGAGGCCAAGGGUGAGCAGAAAGCUUUAACAGGGCCCUCCUCUGAAAGCAGCGGCACAGAGAAACCCAGUGUUCUAAAACUGACCAAGAAAGGCGCCGCCACCACUACGUGUAAAGUGGAGUGCGAAUCCACUCUGUGAUGGGGGGUUACUGUUACCAUAGCAAUGCAAACGACAUCAACAAACGAUGAAAAUAAAAACUGACAUUCCCUUUUCCGCCACCCAAGACUGUGCUGCAUGGCAUGGGCUUGACCGACCUGCUCUUUCUCUGAGACACAUGGGCCAGGAUGUUUUAAGGUUUAAUUUUUACUUUUUUCAUUUAAUAUGGGGCCUCUCUCGUGUCGCGGUCUCAGGACUGUGGUGUGGCAAGGAGAGGACAAUCAUCUCUCCCUCUCAGGGCCACCAGGAGCCGCCAUCAAGGCGGUCCGACUGGAUAGGACAGAUCAGGGGACAAUGGAUACACACGCGACCGACCGUCGUUCACACGCUGAACUGGGAUCUCUCGAAAAGACAUGCACUUCACUCUUGCACUUCCAAUCAUGGGUCAAGACAAAAAUAGUUUAAGAGAUAUUUUAUUCUUCUAAUAAGUGAAUCAUUUGAAAAUACUGAAAAUUGCUCUUCCUUUUGAUUGAACAUUUUAUUUAGUUUAUUUUACUCUAUAUAUUUUUGACAUGAUAUUGCAGAAGGACAUUGUAAUCACCAAAUGUGGCCAGGCCCGGUAUAAUUUACAGGGUUGAUGUUUUACUUUUUGGACUUUAAAGGUUUUUAGUGGCUUUAAGAGGAAACGGCACAGGUAUAAGGAGGUGAUUUCUUGGUUAGGAGAGCAUCUCCAAAGUGAGGAGGGAAAGAAGGCAUUGUUUGGUAAAUAGUUCUCUUAUUUAUUUUAUUUUAGCACAUACUAAGUUGUCAUAAGACCAGUUACACUAUAUCUACACGUAGAUAUCUUUAUCCUCUCUAGUAAUUUAUACUAAGGAUCCUAUUUUCCACCUUUCAGUAUAAAUCCUUCAGAGAUCACGUCCUCAAGGGCAUUACCAUUGACGGAGAACAGAAACACUUUAAGGAAAUGCUUAAGAGAAAGAAUCUCAGUGCUGCGUUGGAGUUACGAAGGAGUGCAUACCAAACGAAGGAGAGAAGCUGAGGAGCGCUGUAAGGAGCUUGGAAGGUUUUCUGUCUCAGUGAGAAGAAACAGAUUUCGGGCUUAAUUUCCUUUACUACUACUUAUUUUUCUUUCUCUUGUUUCAAAUGCAAUGUUAAUGGAUUGUGUCACUCGCUGCACAAUUUCAGCUGUUGUCCUUUUUUUGAGGAUGCUACUAAAACUAGCUAGAUGUUUGUCAAAUGUGGGAGUGAGGUUAGAUGGAGGGUUGGGGGAGGAGCCCCUAGGCAGAACUUAAACUGUGCAGGAAUUGAAGUUGGUUCUUUUCCUACUACAUAGGUCUUCUAUUUUCAGUUUCUAACUGAAUGAAAACGAAGUAAUGGGUCUUAAAAGAAGAGUAAUAUCCUCUCACUUUUGUAGUCUGUUUACAUUUUAGAAACCUGGUUGCUGCAUGGUUUGGGCCAUGUGGCGAGUUGUGCUGUGCUCUGAAGCAGCCCUAGCUAAAUGCUAACCCGCCAGCCAUGUUGGCUCUGCAUGGCCUACAUACAGUGUAUUGGGAAAGUAUUCAGACCCCUUCCGUUUUUCCACAUUUUGUUACGCCUUAUUCUAAAAUGGAUUAAAUUGAA